AGACCCCGGCCCGGCAGUCUGUGCGGGUCCCCCGUGUGGUAGACGUCGUCGGGUGCAGCUCUCGCUCGCUCUCACCGCGCUCGCCGAGCACUGCUCACUCGCGUUCGUCCUCCUGCACAAUCAAUUCUGCCAGUUUUGUGACUGUCUCACGUGCGGAACUCGCCAAGUACUGAAUCAUUGUUCUGUCUGUGUGCUGUGCGUUGACUGUCGUUCCAUGUUUCGUGCGAAUUAGCCGUUUUUCGCACCCAGAGAUUGUCGCCGCCGAGAUGUUGCAUAGGAUGAUGGCCAAGUUCACGUGGACGCUGAUGCUGAUUUUGGUUUCGGAUUUGGGCGCCGCCGCCAAGAUCGUCGCCCCCGCCGAGGAAGCAGGAAAAGUGUCGGAGGCGCUGGCUGUUGCCGGAGGCAUAGCAAAACUUCCCUGUGAUCUCAGCUCUUCGGCACCUGGCGACAAAGUUCAAUUAGUUAUGUGGUUCUUUGGCACCAAGGAUUCACCGAUCUACACUCUGGAUAGGCGAAGUACACCCGACGACGGCAAGCACUGGUCGGAAAAAGAGAAGCUGCAGGGACGCGCCUACUUCCGCCUUGAUGACGACCCUGCGAAGCUCACAAUCGAGGACGUCAAGGAGACGGACCAGGGCCAGUACAGGUGCAGGGUGGACUUCAAGAAGUCGCCAACUAGAAACUCGGUCGUUAACCUCGCCGUCAUACUGCCGCCUGACAAGCUGAUCAUCCUGGAUGAGAAAGGUGCCAGUGUCCCUAAUUACGUCGUCGGGCCGUACAAUGAAGGAGCUAGCGUGGACAUCACUUGCAUCGCCACCGGAGGUCGGCCGCCUCCCAGGGUGUCCUGGUGGCAGGAAAACGCGCUGCUCGACGACUCCUCAGAGUCCCUUGACGACCGCCGUGUCAAGAAUGUAUUGCGUUUGGGAAAAUUGGAACGCAGACAUCUGCAUACCGUCUACACGUGCCAGGCGUCUAAUAAUAAUAUUUCAGCCCCCAUCUCGAGCGCUGUUUCAGUCGACCUCAACCUGCGGCCCCUCUCCGUCGAGCUGGUCGGACAAAAUAGGCCUCUCUCGGCGGACAACACGUUCGAAUUGGAAUGCCAGUGCGUCGGCUCUCGGCCGACCGCCGACAUCAGCUGGUGGAAGGCCAGCGUGCCACUCAGGGACACGAGAAAAGAAACAAGCUCCGACGGCAACAUCACGACCAGCUUUCUAAAGUUCAUACCGCAGCUUGAAGACGCCGGCAAAAUGAUCACUUGUAGAGGCUCUAAUCCGGCCAUCGAAAACUCUGCACUUGAGGAUGGAUGGAAACUCGAUAUACACCACGUGCCGCUCGUCACCCUGGAACUCGGAAGUAAUUUGAAUGCCUCUCAAAUACGUGAAGGCAUCGACGUCUAUUUUGAAUGCAACAUCAAGUCCAACCCGUGGGUGUACAAAGUUACUUGGCGUCAAAACGGCAAGCUUCUAGUGAACAACGCCAGCGCCGGAAUAAUAGUCAGCAAUCAGAGUCUGGUGCUGCAGUCGGUGACGAGGGCGCACGCCGGCCGUUACACCUGCGUGGGCAGCAACCAGGAGGGCGACGGCGAAAGCAAUCCGGUCUUCCUAGACGUCAAAUAUAUCCCGGUGUGCAAGAGCAACCAGCCCGAUUUGUUCGGCGUGGCGCGUCAGGAGAGCGCCAAAAUCACUUGCAAUUUGGAUGCCAAUCCAACCGACAUCCAGUUUAUUUGGAAGUUCAACAACACCUCGGAGACGCUGGACAUCCCGAUGGCGCACAUGUCGGUGGACCGUGCCAAAAGCGUGGCCACCUACACGCCAAUGAACGAGCUGGAUUACGGCACUCUGCUGUGUUGGGGCCGCAAUGAACUUGGCCUCCAGAAGCACCCGUGCGUUUUCCACAUCAUUCCAGCAGGUAAGCCCGACGCUGUGCACAACUGCAGCAUUGUCAACCAGACCGCAGAGUCGCUGCACGUCGAGUGCGCCGAGGGGUUCAAUGGUGGCCUGCCGCAGACUUUUACAAUGGAGGUCUUUGAUGCACUCACCUUCGCCCUGGUGUCCAAAGUUACCGGAAACACGCCAACUUUCACGAUUAACGGCCUUGAAGCUGGUGUCAGUUUCCAAAUCGAACUCUCCGCCAGUAAUGACAAGGGGAGGAGCGCCAAAACCACGCUGCACGCAUACACCCUCAAAGCUGCCGAAAAACGGACAGAGUGCAAUACAGCAGCUGGUUGCGUUGCGGCCGCUACUUCACCCGCAGCGAUCCUUCAAAUGACUCCGAUCUUGGGAGUCCUGAUCGGUGUAGUCUCCGCCCUCUUCCUGGUGGCCGUGAUCAUCGUGGUUGUGAUGCGAUUGCGGGGUCACGAUGACGAAGACGAGCUAGAAAAGGAGAUGGAGGAGCGGAUCGGUACGAGCGGUAGCGGCGGCGGCAGACAGCCACCUAACACCAUGUCCAGGGGCGUGGGCGGCCCCGUGCCUAGCGACAAAAGCAGUCUCGGCAAGGACACGGACGUGGACUCGACUGAUGAGAAAAAUCCCGAUAUUAUUCCACACAGCACAGAUUCCGAGUACCUUGACCCGGACGAAAAAGCUUUCGAGGUGCUCAACAAUGCUCCUCCUCGCAUGUAUGACACACUGCCACACCACCUGCACAUCAGAAACAACCAAAUGGAGCCAGCUUCUUCUUACGAGACUGUCAACAUGAAUAAUACAAUGAACACAACUCUGCCUGGAGAGGAGAUCACAUAUGCUGAGUUGGCGGUUCCAAAGCAGCACGGCCCCGUCAUGAUGUAUCCUUCGCACACGCUGGGCCGCCGGCCGCACCACCCGGCGCAGCACGAGCCCACGGUCUACGCUCAAAUCAUGGACCUGAGUGGCAAAAUCCCGGCCGGCCACAUGGGCAUGCACCACACACUGGGACGACGGCCGAUCCUCGUCGCUCCGGCACCACCCCUCAGGGUAAGCAGCAACAGAGCGGACGACCGGGAGGAGCUUCUGGCUGGAGUAGAGACCCCCCUGAUCGCCGGCACUCUGCCACGCGAGAGCACGGAGGGAGCUGCCGGCUCCUCUGACCCGAGGGCCUCAACCUCCGGCUCCAGCCAGCCCCGCGUGGUCACCACCACGAGGUUCUGACCUCCCCCGCCCCCGCCCGAAUUCGCCUACGAGGAGCCUGAGGAGUAAACAUAAGAGGGGAAUCGACGGGCCUCUGACUGCCUUACCCCCGUUUUAAGCAUUUAAGAGAAGUGGAGUUCGCUGCGAGGAAAAAGAAGAAGCGAAAUCAUUCAUAAACACAAAUACGUCGUGGAGAUAAAUGUGCGCCUAACAUUAAAAUCAAUUGAUUGAUGAUACGAACAUUCCUCCCUUUAUAAAUGUGAUCAAGAUUUUUUUACAUUAAUGUAUGAUAAUAUUAUUACUCUAAAAAAAAUAUAGCGAUCUAACUAUCAGUGUACAUUCCAUAACUCAUUGUGUAAAUCCAAAAACUGACUAAUAAGAGGAAAUGGCAGGGUGACGUAACAUUUAAGCCCCUGAUUUGUGAAUGGACGUGUUGGAUUGGUUCAUGUGACUCAAAAACUUAAUCGAGAUUGUUGUUGAUAAAAAAGUUUAAUAAGAAAUAAUCAAACCACUUGUAUUAUAUUUAAAACGAGAUGAUUCUUAAUUGUAUUACAUUUGUAAAUGUUAUUCUUAAACCAAUGAUGAAAUUUGAAAAAGGCAUCAUCCGAAAAAUGAUUAUUUGUAUGUUGAUUAGACCAUUUGGAUUUGAAAUUUAUUAUUGAAUUUUUAAUAAAAAGUCCUGAAAAAUA